AUGCAGCUGGAAUCCUGGAAUUAUGCAGCACUGCCCUUAAGUUUUCUCUUCCUCAUCACCCGUUCAGCAGUCAUCCAACCAUGUUUUUAAAUGAGUGAUCAUUUAGAAGAAAACUGUACUGAGAAAAGCAAUUCUGCCCAUGAGGAACCUGCAGAAGCAUAUGCCACUCCAGCUGAAGAUUGUCAAAUAGCACAGAAGCAACUGCAACAAAUAGAGCGGCAACUAAAAUGCUUAGCGUUUCAAAACCCAGGACCUCAAGUAGCUGACUUCAACCCUGAAACUAGAGAGCAGAAGAAGAAAGAGCGUAUGGCAAAGAUGAACCAAGAUUUUUUUUAUAAACACAAAACUAUGAAGAAGUAUGACAAACAUGGCAGGCUGCUUUGUAAUAACAUGGAUUUGUGUGACUGCCUGGAGAAGAACUGCCUGGGUUGCUUCUAUCCAUGCCCUAAAUGCAAUUCGAACAAAUGUGGACCAGCAUGUCGCUGUAAUAGAAAAUGGGUUUAUGACAGAAUUGAGACUGAAGCUGGUGAAGUGAUCAGCAUGUUACCAUUUUUUGUCCCUGAAUGA